UUUCGCCAGAUAACACAUUUCAGGUUUUCAAAUCGAUGGUCGCUCGAAAGAAUAGUAACAUUUUAAAUCAGUUAGAGGGUCAAACUUUCUCAUAAGUUGUUUCUUGGUAAUGAGUGGUGGAGCGUUGUAAUUCUAUGUUUCCAUCAGAAAACAUCAUGCUUCAGGAAAUGCUCGUUUCAGUCCCUCCAAAUGCGCGUUAAUGAAAGUAAGGAGAACUGAACUAAAACUGUACUAUGGUAAUAAUUUUUUCCUCGGAAAAUAUAAUGCGCUGCACUGGGUGCAGAAGCCAGGAGUAGUUGCUUGUAAAAGGAUAAAGGAAAGAGAGAAAAUUUCUUACGAUUUCCAGUUGUGUUUUUGCCCCGUUCACGAAGGCAACCACAUCCGUUGGUCCUAAUCUUCUGACCUCAGAGUACACUCCGAUCUACAUUUAUGACGAUCCUAUUUCUAACGGGUUGGAGUUAACAAUGCUCAGAAUUAAUUGAAGAUAGAAAUGAGAAGUGAAAAGGUCGUGAUUUGGUGUCAAUCUGGUUGUUGACAGCAGGUUGUAGCAAUUAAAUCGAUCAAAUACUUCGCCCCCUCUUACGUGAAAAAUAGUGUUUAUACUCCCUCAAUUUAUAUUUCAUCCACGAUCUGUGUAAUCCAGGGUUAGGCUAUUUGGCUACAAUGAAAAACUUAGAAAACUACAACCCGUAAAAAGGGGAAAAAUCAGCAAGUGGUUUGUGUUGGUGGCAAAACAUUACGUCAUAAAAUCUUCGAGCAGGAAACGUAGCUGGUACGUCGUAAGAUGUGAAACGGGAAGUGACAGUGCUUAGACGUCUGAUUCUUUAUUGAAAGCGACUACACUUUGCAUCAGCGUAUAGGAAAAUUUUCCUUUAGGGUAAGGAAUUCAGGUCCAUGCCAUGUUUUCAAGAUAAUGAAGGGGUUGUUCUUCAUAACAGUUUUUGCUUGUCUGGAGUUGGCAGCCGCAGAAAAGAUACAAAAACGUGAAUUGAAAAUUGACAGACGAAGCCCUUGGGAAUAUGCUUUGCUUAAAUAUCUUCUAGGAGACCCCAGAGGAAACCCAAACACAGCGAAGGCUUUGAAAGGGGAAAGGAGAACUACUAGACUGCACAGAUUGUGCUCUGGGAAAAUUCAACUUCGUGAUAAAUGGAUCAAGGACACGUCAGUUUACGACAAAAUUAUUUGCGGCAUGUUCACAAGACAAGAUGAGUACAAGAAGCAUGAAGCGCACGUGGCGAGGAUAUUAAUGGGAAAAACUAAUAGAAAGACUUUGGAUGAACAGAAAGAUGAACUGAUCAGAGCUGUUAAUCGGAUGGUAAAGGCAGCCGGCCCUAUUCCUAUUAUUAAGAUCAAGGGCAAAUGAACGGGAAAGAGGAGCCAUUAAAUCAGUUCAGGAAGUUAAUAACAGUGUGGACAACAGAAAACCACUAAAGCAGCAAAGGGUUCUACAAAGCCCCUAAAUCUUUUGGGUAAAGUUCUUGUCACUUUCCUACUCUAUCAUUAGGUCAAUUCGAAAACCGUGUGUGACGAAACAUUUUCCCUAAUUGUAAGAUAACAGUUAUGUGUUUUUUAUAAACCUCUAAUGGGAUAAUUUAGUGGGGGAUUUUUAAUUUCUAAUAAACAAGACCGCACCAAUAGAACCCGAAGGCGAACAUUUCUUUCUCUUUUACUUUCCAUUUAAGUUUGGACAAAAAUUGUUAUUCAGACGGUCAGUGCCUGUUAUUCCAAUCAUUUUCCAACUAAGGAUGUUUUUAAAGACAACGAUAUACUUAACUAUUUCUUUCUGAGGUGGUUUUUUGAAGAAUACUAAAUGUUUUUUUUCGCUUUUUUAGCGUUGAGUGCUCUUGACGCUCUGAACAAAAAUCAAAGGUUAGCACGGGGUUUCGCCGACAAAGGCUUCCAAUAUGAGGGCCUGAAGAUUUUUCGAGUAGUCAUAACACAAAUUUUAUCUCUGGCUACAUUUCUCAAUUUACUUAAUUUAUGACAUUAAGUGUGUAAAAAAAAUACCUGCACGAAACUCGGUAAUACGGAGCAACGAAAAUGCGAACCGCAACAAGUUUAAUUCCAUCCAAAAGUACAAUUUUAUUUUCGAUAGAACAUUUUCAUAGCCCCGAACUGCAAGGUAUCGACGCUGCGCCAAAUAUGUGAAAUGCUGAUAUAUGGAAUUAUCCCAAAUCGAAAUACACUGAAAUUAAUGAUACCCCCCCUCCGUUCGUUUGUAUAUAUUGUAAUAUUAGGAGGAGGAGCAAGAAGAACGAGAAAAAUCGAUAUAACCUUUGGCUGGGAUUUCCUACUGAAACAACUGAAACUCUAUAG